CUCUCUCUCUCUCUCUCUCUAGACUCCUGUCUUAUCUUCACGUCUCAGGCUCCCGUCUCCAUCUGCAUCGCCCCUUCGACGCUCCCCAUAAUUCGAGCCCUAAUUCCCCACCAUUCUCCCCCAAAUCCUCGCCGCCGAUCGCCGAUCGCCGAUCGCCUCCGUCCUUCCGCCGCUGCCGCCGCCGAUCGCCCCCGGAAAUCCGACCUCGAAGCGAGAGUCCCCCGGACGGACGAGCGGCGACUUGGCGGCGGACGGCGAGAUUGCGACGGCGCCGGGACCGGGUGUGUUAGGGCUUUGAUUGCGGGCGGAUGGCGGUGCUGUUGGAGGACAUCCUGCAGUCCGUGGAGCAGUGGCUGAAGCUGAUCAGGAAGCCCCAGCCCUACGUGGACCCGAACCUCGACCCGGUCCUCCUCGUGCCCGGGGUCGCCGGAUCGAUACUGCACGCCGUGGACGGCAGCAACGGCAAGGGCGAGAGGGUCUGGGUCCGGAUCUUCGGGGCCGACUACAAGUGCCGCACCAAGCUCUGGUCUCGCUUCGACCCUGCCGUCGGUAAGACCGUUUCCUUAGAUCCUAAGACGAACAUCGUGGUUCCUGAAGACAGAUAUGGACUGUAUGCCAUUGAUGUUUUGGACCCUGAUAUGGUCCUUGGGCGUGAUUGUGUAUACUAUUUCCAUGACAUGAUAGUCGAAAUGAUCAAAUGGGGUUUUCAGGAAGGGAAGACAUUGUUCGGUUUUGGGUAUGACUUCAGGCAAAGUAACAGGUUUCAAGAAACAAUGGAGCGUUUGGCUGCAAAGUUGGAAUCUGUAUAUAAUGCUGCGGGAGGGAAGAAGAUGACCAUUAUCAGUCACUCUAUGGGAGGUCUUCUAGUGAAGUGCUUUAUGUGCCUGCACAGUGAUAUUUUUGCAAAGUAUGUGAAGAAUUGGAUUGCUAUAGCUGCACCUUUUCAAGGUGCCCCCGGAUAUGUCACAUCUACCUUUCUGAAUGGGAUGUCAUUUGUGGAUGGUUGGGAGCAAAACUUUUUCAUUUCAAAGUGGAGCAUGCAUCAGCUGCUGAUUGAAUGCCCAUCAAUCUAUGAAUUGAUGGCAUGUCCAAACUUUACCUGGGAACAUGCCCCAGUGUUAGAGAUCUGGAGGAAGAAGCUUGAUGAUUGUGGUGAUACCCGUAUGAUCCUUGAGUCUUACCCUUCUGAGAGUGUAAAUAUAUUCGCUGAAGCACUUUCAAGUAAUACGGUUGAUUAUGAUGGUGAGAGCAUUUCCUUACCAUUUAACCAGGAAAUCCUGAAAUGGGCUCAUGAGACCCGUAGGAUUUUAUCUUGUGCUAAAGUUCCGCCCGGGGUGAAAUUCUACAAUAUAUAUGCGACCAAUCUGGAGACACCACACAGUGUUUGCUAUGGCAGUGAGGACAUGCCUGUUACGGAUUUGCAAGAACUUCAAUUUUACCUGCCUGAUUAUAUAUGUGUUGAUGGUGAUGGAACAGUUCCGACUGAAUCAGCUAAGGCAGAUGGGCUUGAAGCGGUUGCAAGAGUUGGAGUACCCGGGAGACCGGGAAUUCUGUGUGAUCAUCAUGUUUUCCGCAUUCUGAAGCACUGGCUAAAGGCAGAUUCGGACCCAUACUACAACCCGCUUAACGACUAUGUGAUUCUACCCGCCACGUUUGAGAUGGAAAGACACCACGAGAAGGGCAUGGAGGUGACUUCACUCAAAGAGGAGUGGGAAAUCAUUUCCAAAGAUGCCAAUGAUGACCAAGGAGAGGUUACCAUAAUGCCCUCAGUAAGCACCAUAUCUGUUUCCCAAGAUGGAGGUCACCAAUCUUAUCGGGCCGAGGCUUGUGCCACUGUGAUCGUGCACCCCCAAAAUGAGGGCAAGCAACAGGUUGAGCUCAAUGCCUUGAGUGUAUCUGUCGAUGCCUAAAUUUAGUUACUCACGCUGUGUGAAAGAAAAGCCCGCAAUUGGGGCAGUGCUGUGUAUAUAGUAGUAUGUUGGUCGUGUACAAAAUGUGCGUAUUGUAAAUAUAAGGAUCACUGGUGGCAAUUGCCUUGAUGAAACAUAACAUUGGAAGAUCGUUCUGGGUUUUGUAAUGGAAGACCCAUCAUCUAUUCAUGGAGAUCAAAUGUACAUGUGCUA